AUGCCCAGUCACUCCUGCGCCAGUGCCUGCCGCCGCCGCACCUGCCGCGCGUACGCCCUUCGCGCUCGCGCCUGCCGCGGUCACGCUGCCGCGUAUGCCGUGCCUGCGCUAGCCGCGCCCGCGUCGUCGGCUCUCGCGCCUCCACCUGCCGCGCUCGCGCCUGCUGCCAUCGCGCCUGCCGCACCCGCGCCUCCCGCGGUCGCGCCUGCUUCUGUCGCACCUCCAGCGCCUACCACACCCACGUCUGCCACACCUGCACCGCCGUCGCCUGUGCCUCCCGCACCCGCACCACCGCCACCCGCGCCUGCCAUGCCUUGUGCCCUGCUCACUCCUGCCAUGGCGCCCGAGUUCGUGCUGCAGCUCGAUGCGGACGGGCGUGCGAUCGACUUUGACGUCAUGGCUUCAGUUGUGCCCCUGCUUACUCCUGCCAGGGCUGCUCGACGUCAAGCUCCACCUGCGGAGCCAGCUCCAUGGUGA